AUAGAUUAUUGACUGAGUGAGAAGUUAUGGGAAAUGAUGAUGAUGAUACUGAUCAUAUUGAGAGUGUGACGUGUAAUGAGACGAUGAAGAAACAAGAGAAUACGAAGCAGCUCUUCCAAAUCUGCAUGGAAGGUAGAUGGAAGGAAGUUGUUGAGAUCUACGAGAAGGAGAAGAGAGCUCACACGGCAAAGAUAACGAGGGGAGGCGAAAGCGCGUUACACCUGGCAGUCAUCGACGGCCAAGAGGAGGUGGUUUCAGAGCUUGUGGAUCUGAUUGUAAAAGAGGAGAGUAAGAAAGAGGCUCUGAGAAUCCAGAAUAAGAGGAAGAACACGGCAUUGCACUUUGCAGCUUCCAUGGGGACUAUCAGCAUGGUUCGGGUGAUUGCUGAUGCUGAUCCUGAGCUGGUGAGUUUUCGAAACGUUGAUGGUGAGACCCCUCUCUUCCUUGCUGCUUUCCAUGGAAGAAAAGAAGCUUUCAUGAUCCUUCAUUAUAUGUUCCACAAGGAACCAGGGACUUCCGUUAACUACUCUAACUGCAGAAGAAAUGAUGGUGACACCAUUCUUCAUUCUACAAUUGCUGCCGACAAUUUUGAAUUAGCAUUCCAAAUAAUUCAGUUAUAUGGAGAUCUUGUGAAUUGGGUGAAUGAAAGGGGAGCCACUCCUCUCCAUUUCCUUGCAACCAAGCCUUCUGCUUUUAAAAGUGGCAGUCGUCUUGGCCGAAUAGAAACAUUUAUUUAUCACGGUAUACGUGUGAAGCAACUGAAAGCUGAAACUGAUUACCGGCCACAAGCUGAAACGAGAGAAAAUAAUAAAACUAGAUAUCCAAAGAAUUAUCAGGCAUGCGUGGACUUUAUGGCCCUGAUGAAAAAUGCAGCCUGGGUUGUUAUGUAUCCACCAGCUACCACCAAAUUCCCCGUGGUAACCUUUCUGAUUGGAAAAUGUUCAAGAAAAAAUCAUAAUAAAACUCAACGAAGGGACCUUGAAGCACAAGAAAGAAUUGCUUCUCAGACAAACCUCUUAGGACGGGACUCUAAAGCACAAGAGAAAUCUACUGUCAAUGAAAUUGAGACAGACACUUCAUCAGUAGUAUAUCUGAAAACUCAAUUAGAACAAGGAGAGGAUGGUGAAGCACAAGAGAAAACUAAUGCUGACACAAACUCCUUAGGGUCGGAAUCUGAAGCUUGGUCGCACCCCCUAUUUCCAGAAAAUUACGAAUGCUGUGCUGGCUUCCUCGCUUUUAUAUACACGGUCAUCUUGGUAAUCUUUGGAAAAGGGACAAACAUAUUCAAGAGGAUAGGGCGAAAGAAGGAGAAGCACAUAUGGUCUAAUCAAGUAAUGAACGAACUUCUGAAGCGAGUAUCCUUAUAUGAAUAUGAUGGCAAUGGCAGUAGUAGUGGACCUCAAGAUCAAGAUCAAGGGACAUCUCCAUAUAAUGUUUAUAAUAAUGAUGCUUUGGAUAGAACCAGAAAUGAGCAGCAUGGUUCCACCAGCAUAGCUACUAAGGAGAUGGAGACACCAAUAUUAAUAGCAGCAAGGAAUGGGGUAAUAGAAAUGGUGGAGAGAAUCCUGGAAAUGUUUCCAGUAGCAGUGCAUGACAUGGAUUGCAACAAGAAGAACAUAGUGCUGUUGGCUGUAGAGCACAGGCAACCGCACUUGUAUGAGUUCCUGCUGAAGAAAGAAAGCAUAAAGGAAAGUCUAUUCAGAAAAGUGGACCAUGAAGGCAACAGUGCGCUGCACUUGGCAGCCAAGCUUGGUGACUAUACGCCUUGGAUCAUUCCCGGAGCAGCCCUGCAAAUGUACUGGGAACUCAAGUGGUAUAUGUUUGUCAAAGAUUCUAUGCCACCACGUUUCUUUGGUCGAUACAACAAAGACUGCAAAACCCCGAGAGAGGUGUUGGUUGAAUCUCACCAGAAGCUCGUGAAAAGCGGCGGGGAAUGGCUGAAGCAAACCUCCGAGUCUUGCUCUGUGGUGGCUGCUCUGAUUGCGACGGUGGCCUUUGCAACCUCCACCACAGUACCUGGCGGAGUCCAGGAAGACACGGGCGUGCCAACCUUGGAAAGCACGGCGGCAUUCAAGGUGUUCGCGAUGGCAUCACUUGUUGCUCUUGCAUGCUCUGUUACCGCGGUGGUGCUGUUCCUGUCCAUACUAACAUCUCGGUAUCAAGAGUAUGAUUUCGGGAAUAAUCUUCCUCGGAAGCUUAUAUUGGGUUUGACAGCGUUGUUCAUGUCAAUUACGUCGAUGCUGGUAUCUUUCUGUGCUGGGCAUUUUCUUGUGCUUCGGAACAAGCUAAGGGAUGUUGCACUUCCAAUAUAUGCAGUGACAUGCUUGCCAGUCACACUUUUUGCUCUGGCUCAGUUUCCAUUAUACAUUGAUCUUAUAUGGGCUACGUUUCGGAAAGUACCACAGCGUAGCUACAAAGCCACUCGGCUUUAGUGUUAAGGUGGUGCAAAUAAAAUUUCUCGUUUUUAUGUGUGUUUUAUUUUAGUUACAUACGGUGGUAGAGAAAAGGUUGUUAAUAUGGGAAUUGAAGAUAUCUGAAUUGUGAAGUGUGUGAUUUACGAAUUGUACUAUGGAAUGCAAGUUACAGAGUCGAAGAGAAGGCAAGUUAUUUAUAGUAAGCAACGCGAAACAGAAA